GGGAGGAAGAGGUUUGGAGUCGGAGCUCCGUAACCUCCAUCCGCGGCAGAAGGGAUGCGAGAGAUCAACAGAGACUACUGGAGGAGGGCUGAGUAAAGAUGGAGGAAUAGUCUGAGAUGCGAACCAAGCAGCGAAGCAGAAUCGCACCGGAUUUCUGGAGAUAGAAAAACAGGGACCUUCCGAAUCAAUCUCGUCCAGUUUCAAAGGGGAUCGGUCAUGGGGAACGAAGCGAGCCUCGAGGGUGGGGAAGGGGGACUCUCUGGAUUACCAGAAGGGGUUGUUUCUGACGGGAAGGGAGGCUUCAUUCAGAUCCCCGCAGGAACGGAGGCGGAUCUGAGCAAACUGAGCGAGGAGGAGAGGAAACAGAUCGCCGCCGUAAUGUCAAGGGCGCAAACGAAGCCGCCUGGAAACGCAAAGGAUGCUCCAACACAAAGGACAUCCGAGGUAGAUGCGAGCCAUCAGCGUCGGCAGCCAGGAAGACCUCCCGCCCAGGGGCCCUCUGGACUCAGUAAGAGCCGGACGGUUGAUGCCUUCAAAACAGGCCCGGCAGCCAGACAGGUCCCCCCAGGGAGGAGCCCCUCCUCUAUCAGCCUUUUAGAGUCCCUGUCCAGGCAGGAGGCCAAAGAGGAGACCAGAUCCAGCAUGUUUUCCUCCAAUUUCCUGAGCGGGGCCAACCCCCUCAGCGCGGUGUCCUCGGCUGUGAACAAAUUCAGCCUCUUCGGGGAUGAGGAGCAGGAGGAGGAGAAGCCCAAACCGGCGGGUAAGGCAGCGGCGCAGCAGGCCGGGCCCGGUAAAGCCCCCCCCCAGCAGCAGGGGCCCCCAAAGCAGGGCCAAGGACCCCCGCAGCAACGAGGGCCCCCCCAGCAAGCGCCCGGCAAGGCUGGACCACAACAACAACAAGGGCCCGGGAAGCCUGGGGCUCGCCAGCAAGGCCCCCCCAGUGCUGGAGCUCAGCCGGCGGGGCCUGCCAAGCCUGGUCCCCAGCCUCAGGGGCCUGGUAAAGCAGGGACUGGGCAGUCACAAGCUCCCACCGCUGGACCCACUGGGCAGAAAUCGUCUUGCCCGCUCUGUAAGUCAACUGAACUCAACCUGCACAGCAAGGACCCGCCCAACUAUAACACAUGCACGCAAUGUAAAACCAUGGUGUGCAGCCUGUGUGGAUUCAGCCCUCCUGACUCAGCGGGCAAGGAGUGGCUGUGCCUGAACUGCCAGAUGCAGCGAGCUCUCGGUGGUAUGGACGCCCCCGGCCCCCCCAUGAAGAAGCCCCAGUCCUCAGCGCCCGCAUCACCCCAGAAGAAGCAAUCCCUUCCAGCAGAGCAGCCCCCCAAGCCGGAGCCCACCAAACCAUCCCCGCUGGCCAAACAGCAGUCUUUGCAGGAAGCAGAGGGCCCAGCGUCCCCGAAACAGACAGGGACCCAGAAACCUCCUGAUCAGCCCGGCCCGGCUGGGCCGAAGCAGGGUGCAGUGGGCCCUCAAUCGGCUGCAGCACAGCAGAGGGGCCCCACUCCAGCAGCAGACCAAGCCAAGACAGCACAGCAACCACCACAGAAACAGCCCUCUGCAAAGCCCCCUCAGCAGCAGGAAGGGCCACCCCCAGCCCAGCAACCCCCCGGUGGGGCGCCCAAAACGGGCCGCCCCGCCCAGGAACCAGGGAAGCCCCAGCAACAGGCUCCAAAAGGUGGUCCGGGUUCCUCCCCUGCCAAAUCUGCACCCCCGCCACAGGCCCAGCCCCCUCCCAAACAGGAGUCCAGCUUCUUCGGCCUGAGCUUCGGCGGCUUUUCCGAGCCCCCCAAGUCCCAGCCAGCUGCGUCCCAGCCUACCACACCCCAGCCCACUGAGUCAGUGUCUGGGAAACUGUUCGGGUUCACCGGGUUUGGCGACGCACCGAAGCAGCCCGCGGCCGCCCCGCCGCCGGCAGACUCCGUCUCCAGCAAGAUGUUCGGGUUCGGCUCGACCUUCCUCAGCUCGGCCUCCAACCUGAUCACCUCAGCCGUUCAGGACGAGCCCCCCGCGGAGCCCCCUCCGACCCAGCCCUCUCCCAAGAAGCCACCGGUGGCCGAGGCCAAACCGCCGGUCACACAGAAGCCAGACCAGCCCCUGGAGGCCAAGGCCCCUCCGCCUGCACCUGCAAAAGCAGACAAACCCCCAACACAACCUCCCAAACCCGCAGAACCAACCGGUCCCCCUUCUGAAUCGGCACAGACUAACUGUCCGCUGUGUAAAGUGGAACUCAACGUGGGCUCCAAGGACGCCCCCAACUACAACACCUGCACCGAAUGCAAGAAAACCGUCUGCAACCUCUGUGGAUUUAAUCCCAUGCCUCAUCUCACCGAGAAAGAGUGGCUUUGCCUGAACUGCCAGACACAAAGGGCUCUUUCCGGGCAGCUGGGAGACAUGGGUCGAAUGCCACUGCCAACGCCUGCUCCAUCGAAACCAGCGAGCCAGCCUCCCGCUGCCCCCAAGAGUCAGGCCUCCCCUGCAAAACAGCCAACGGCCACGCCGGCUGCACAGGAACCUGCACCCGAUCAAGAAAAGACAGCAAAGGCAGAGCUGCCUGCUGCUGCCUCUCCCGCUCCCGAAUCUGCCGCGGCUCCUAAGCCUGCCACCUCUCCUCCUGGGAAAGGACUGCAACGGAUGACCACAAUCGAUCAGACACCCCUCCAGAAACCUGAGGACGCGGCCCAGGAGGGGAAGAGGACAGAGGAAGCAAAGAAAGUCGAUGUCAUGGCAGUGGAGGACAAAAAGAGACCGGAGAAAGAAACUAUGAAGGAGAAAGCGGAAGAGAAAACAGACACUUCAGGUGCUCCCCAGGGCCUGGGUGACACAGCAUACUCAUCAGAGGGCAUCUCAGGUUCAGCGGGCGAGAUUCCUACAGCCAUUCCAAGCAGCCAGAAGGAGCUGUUGAAGGAACCUGUCCAAAAGGAUGCAGCUGCUCCAGAAACCAGUCCCACCAGUCCAUCAGAUUUAGCCAAGUUAGAAAGCACAGUGCUUUCCAUAUUGGAAGCUCAGUCAAGCACAGUCGAGGGGGAAGAUGCACGCAAACUUCAAGACCAGAAGAAGGACAGACUCAGGCCAAAAACGCUGCCAAUAUCGCCGGAAUCUUUCAGCUCUGAGGAGGAGAGGCCUGAGGAACCCCAAAGGGAGGGUGAAUCUAUAGCAAAAGACACCACUGCCGAUACAGCCCCUAGGAAAGAGCGCAAAAAGUUACACGUCCUACCAGAGCCAACCCCAGGCAGGAGGCAGCGGCAGGACUCCGUGGAGGACAGCAGUGAGAGUGAACCCUCGCCUCUCAUGCAGAGGAGGAGGAAAAUCAGCGCCGCGUCGUCCAGCAGCGAGGAGUACAAGCUGGAGAGCCCGGGCUCCGGAGACGAGGAGGAGUUCAUCCGUAAGCAGAUCAUGGAGAUGAGUGCCGAUGAGGAUGCGUCUGAGGAUGAGGACAACUACAUCCGGAAACAGAUACGGGACGAGGAGCAGAAACGAGAGCAAGAGGAGAGGAAAGGCAAGGGGAAGAGUGUAUCUGGCAAAACCAAGCGGCUCCUCAAGAAAAGCAGCGUGGGCCACGAGACCGAGCCCACAAGGCGGCAUUCAUGGCAAGAGAGUGAGGAGCAAGUGUGCGAGGACAGCCCAGACUCUAAAAAGAGAGAAACAAAGAGCCAAGAGGGGGAGGAAACAUCGGCUGAGAGCGGCGGGGGCCUCAGACGGUUCAAAACUAUUGAGCUAAAUAACACCACAGCCUCCCCAUACAAUGGAGGAGCACCACAGGGCAGCGAAGAGGGGGAACUCGAAAUGGAGAGCCUCACGGAUUCGCCAGAGGACAAGUCGAGAGGCGAGGGGUCGUCCAGCCUGCACGCAUCCAGCUUUACCCCUGGAACGUCCCCCACUUCAGUGUCCUCCCUCGACGAGGACAGCGACAGCAGUCCGAGCCACAAGAGGAUGAGCGGGGAGGGCAAGCAGCACCGCAAGGCCAGGCACAGACAGCACGGUCAGGUGCUCCCGACCAUUGAGGACUCCUCUGAAGAGGAGGAGAUGCGAGAGGAAGAGGAACUUCUCAGGGAACAGGAAAAGCAGCGGGAGGUGGAUCAGCAGCAAGGGAAGAGGAGCUCCAGCAAGAAAUCUAAGAAAGACAAAGAGGAGCUGCGAGCGCAGAGGAGACGUGAGCAUCCCAAAACACCACCGAGCAACCUGUCCCCCAUCGAAGAUGCCUCCCCAACAGAGGAGCUGCGGCAAGCAGCGGAGAUGGAGGAGCUCCAUAAAUCAUCCUGCUCCGAGUACUCCCCAAGCAUCGAGUCUGAACCAGAGGGUUUCGAGAUCCACCCGGAGAAGAUCCUCGCUGUUCAGAAAGUUUACCAGCUGCCAACGUCUGUCUCGCUGUACUCCCCAACUGAGGAGCAGCGUACAGAAAUAACCAAAGACGUCACAGAUAAAUCCCUAAAAAGCGCAGAUGAGGUUUAUGAGGAGAUGAUGCACAAAGCUAAAGGAACCCAAGAUAAGAGGGGGACAGAGGCGCUGCCUGAGAAAGAGCCACUCUACGGUGGCAUGCUAAUUGAAGACUACAUUUAUGAAUCACUGGUUGAAGACACCAGUGUGGGUCAGCAGCAGGAAUCAAGCAAAAUCCCAGUGCAGGAACCAGUGAAAAAACUGAGAUCGCCAGAUGAGGUGUAUGAAGACAUGAUGCAGAAAAAGAAGGAGCUGAUGUUGAAAGAACAGGAACUGCAGCAAACGCAGCCAGUUAAGACAACACCACUACCACAGCAUGAGACAGUUAUCGUUAGCAAGCCUACCUACGUGAAUAUUCCCACAAGUGACACGGCUCCCACAGGAAAGGAUGGAAAGCCAUUGCUGGAUGCUGAGGCAGCAUACGAGGAACUAAUGAAGCGACAAAGAGUUAUUCUUACACCUGGAACAAGCCCAACCCAGCCAACUCCUGAGGUACGAGACUCUCCUGAGGUGGUUGUAGUUCCAUCUGGAGGGGCCGUGGAAGACACUCAAGGAGAACCUGUGACGUCUGUAGCUCCUGUUAUUGAUCAGAUGCCUGAUGCAACUGUUUCUUCAGACAUCUCCCCCAGCAGGGCACUCUAUCCCAUACCAGACCUGAAAAUAACGCAGUGCUCCUCUGGGGAGGAAGAUGUCGAAGAAGAGGACAUUGUGGCUCCAAUGCAGGAGAAGGUUAAGUCAUCAGACAUUCCAGAGGCUGAAAAGGCCGUAACGAAAGAUGAGCAAGCACCAGUCACCACUGUUGCACCUACACCAGUAACAACAGCCACUGUUGCUGAUUCAGAGCAGAGGGCUGUCCCACAGCCAGGAAUCACUCAAGCUCCAGUUCCAACUGCAGGACCAGCCUCAGUUCCACCACCACCUCCACCUCCAGUUCCAGCCCCAGCUCCAAUUCAAGAGGCAGUUUCAGCUCCUGUUCCCACACCAGUUUCAGCUCCUGUUCCGGCUCCUGUCCCCUCUCCAUUUCCCACUGAAGCUCCUAUAAGUCAAACUCCAGCAGCCCCACCCCCUCCACUUCCACCUCCACCGCCAUUGCCAGUCCCUUCUGUUUCUCCUUUGGUGAACACCCCACUGGACAUGACAUCAGCACCCUCUCAGGCUGUACAACCUGUGUCCGAGGUAGAGGAUCUUAGUCUACCAAGACCUUCAGUCCCUGCCAUUCCUGCUGUUCCAGAGGCUAUCUCAGCUACUCCAGCUGUUUUGCCCACUGACAUGCAGCCUGUGGAUUUUACUGCAGUUGCCCAGGCAUCACAACAUACAGUGGCCAGCAGUGUAGUUGAAACUUCUAGCCUUACACAUGCUGCUGUUGCAAGUGUUUCAGCUCUACCUACUGUACCUCAUUAUACUCCUGCUGUUCCUAGCAUAGUAUCAAGCAUUGCUCCUGCCACUGUCUCGACAACUCAACCUCUAACUUCCGCACCCCCCGUACCCCCCAAACCAGUCCUGCUCAGAGGCUCAUCUCAGGAAAAGGCAGACGUACCCGUCGCCAUGCCACCUCCCCCACCUCCUCCACCACCUCCGCCACUGCCUCCCCCCACCCUGCCUAAGCCAGCUGUUUACCCUAAAAAGCCUCCCAUCAGCAUGUCACCCAUAUCAGUGCCAGUGUCAACAGCUGUAACAAUGGCACAAGCAACAAUAACGACGGCAGGUCCUGGCACAGCAGUAAAGGGCUCAGUGACCCCUACUUACAAACCACACGUUCCCCCACCUGUACCGCCAAAGCCUGCGUCCAUCCCAGCAGGAUUAAUGUUCAGUCAUAAGCCAGGGGAAAGUGUUAAACCUCCCGUGGCUCCAAAACCUACAGUAGCCCAGCCAGCUAGUCAAGCAGUGUCAAUGAUGCAACCAAGACCCACUGCCCCACCUAGCACCACUGCUAUGACUUUGAAUCUGAGUGCCCCAGUUGAGUACAAAGGAAGUGCAACAUCACCUAAGUCACCUUCAUCCCCGAGGUAUGGGAACUCUUUACAUGAGACAUAUGUUGUCAUCACAUUACCAUCAGAGCCGAGUACACCUGUUGAAGGCAUUACAACACAAGCUCCCACCAGUCCAGCUUCAGGAUCCCCAUCAAGGCAGCUACCACAAGCAACAGCUGCUGUCCCAAUUGCAUAUACCCAUUAUACAAAGUCGAUAGAGAGUCAGGAAAUACAGGGUACCGAGAUGGUCACUUCCAGCAUGAGUCAUGUGUACUCUUCGAUUUCAACCACAGCACAGCCUGUUGUAACUUUGCCCAACCUUGUAGCCCAGGUGACUACAGAGGUCCAAAGGACUACAGUGUCAGUUGUCCGUGAAAGGAUACCUGCAGCGCCCCCAGUGCCUGCACCGAGAACAGCCACUACUACCACCACUGCUCCCCAAGAGACUCCCAUAGCACAACCAAAGCCACAAGAGAAUGGCAAGGUGUACUAUCCUGGGGAUAUUGUUGACCUCCGUACUUUGAAGGUCAACGCUGAUAUGGAUGUAAAGGGGUUGGAUUUAUCAACUCCAGAAUCAAGAAGCCAGCCUGUCUCAAGCGACAGUGGUGUGCGGCAGACAAGUGCUGUGCAGUCAGCUGUUGUGAACCUAAGCACAGAGGCUGCACCGGCCUCUACUUUAUCGUUUGUCUCUGAUGGCAUAACCAUUGUCACCUGCACAGCCACCAUAGCUUCCAUUAGCGGUGCAGGUGACAGACCUCUGGACCUAGGUCACACUACAUCAAUGCCUCUACAACUCACAACAUCCAAGUCAUUUGAGCCUGUUUCCCAGAUAAUAUAUCGACCCAUUGAUUCACGACCCACAUCAGACUUUAGUGCAGAAGCCCCCAUUAAUCUAUCCUUUGGAGCCAUUACCAGUGCAGAAACCUCAAGGCCUCCUGUAACAGUUGCUCCAGCCAGCAUUACCAAUGGCACCAGUAUCCCAGCAUGCAUUGAGGUAGGGCUAACGGGCGCUGUGGACUUGACCACAACAAAGCCAGUCCAGACUAUGGUUGCUGUUGAUGGGUCUACUUCAGCGGUGGUCACCACCGUUAUAGAAGAUGAUGGCAAACCUGUGGAUCUUACAGCCGGCAGAAGAGCAGUUUGCUGCGACGUGGUGUACAGGCUUCCUUUUGCUGGGAGCUGCACAACACAGCAGCCAGCAACAACACUGCCGGAGGACCGCUUUGGCUACAGAGACGAUCACUAUCAAUACAGCCGCUCAGGACCCAAUGGCAUGAGAGGUUUUGGUGGAAUGAAAUCCUCUAUGUCUGAUACGAACUUAGCAGAGGCUGGGCUGUUCUUCUAUAAAAGCAAAAAUAGUUAUUAUGAGAAUGGAGCUACAGAGGGUGCAGUAGACUUGACAUCUGGGAAAAUAUCUGCAGGUGAAAUUGUGGACUACUCAAGUAAGGUCACAGGAGCGUAUUCUGCAGUGACCAUUCCUCAGUUUUCUCAAGCCAGAAUAACUCCUGCCGUGGGGACACACUUUGGUACAAGCAGUGUGUUGAGAUCCUCGAAUGGAGUUGUUUAUUCUUCAGUGGCUGCACCUGUUCCAUCCACAUAUGCUAUCACCACCCAGCCUGGAUCAAUAUUUAGUACGACAUACAACACCUUGUCAGGAAUGCACACCAGCGACACCAUGCCCUCUCUCUCAAGUUUGCAAGACCAGCCCCUCCCAAGGUCGUACAGUUUCUUAACUACUGCAGCUGCAGAUCAACAGGUGCCCAUCAACCUGGAAACAGGUGUGUCAAAGGAGGGGCUAUCCACAGCGUUCACCGACAUCUCCGCCACAGUGACGACCGUCCCCGACACGUACACGGAUGCGUCGCUGGAGGCGAUUGCGGCGUCGCUGGAGGCCCUGGCCUCUCCCAUGAUCCCUGGCUCAGACGAGAGCACGCAGCAGUACCAGAUGGAGCGCGAGUUCCUGGAGCUGGAGAAGAUGAAGCAGCUGCGGCUGGCCGAGGAGCUGGAGUGGGAGCGCCAGGAGAUCCAGAGGUUCCGUGAGCAGGAGCAGCUCAUUGUCCAAAAGGAGCUGGAGGAGCUGCAGACCAUGAAGCACCAGCUGCUCUUCCAGCAGGAGGAGGAGAGGCAGGCUCACCUGAUGAUGCAGCAGGAGACAUACGCCCAGCAGCAGCUCCAGCUGGAGCAGAUCCAGCAGCUCCAGCAGCAACUGCAGCAGCAGCUGGAGGAGCAGAAACUGAGGCAGUUGUACCCGUAUGAUCCGGCGACAAGUUCUGAGCAGGUCCUACUGGACACACAGUAUCCUGGGGGGGAGGGUGGCCAGUACUGGCCAGUACAGGAUGAGAGUGCGGCACCGUCCACGGUUGCUGGCCUCGAGCUUCCACAGAACGCAACCUGGUACACGGUGCCCACUGAAGGCGUGGCUCAGUACAUACCAAGUCUGCCAGGCUCUGAAACAGCGCUUAAAGAGACUGAAGGGCAAGAGCUUGUUUCUAGGGUACCUGGGCAGUAUGACGAGCAAGGCACAGACUUGUCCAACAGGAAGAUAACGGAGAGCGGGGUGCAGACCGACGAUGAGGAUGGAGUAGACAGGGCAAGCACAGGAAAGAAGAAGCGGAACAAGAGGAGCGUUGACUCUAGUGUCCAGACAGACGACGAGGAUCAGGAAGAGUGGGACAUCCCAACCAGGAGCAGGCGCAAGUCGCGCUCCAGCAAGCAGGGCUCCAAGGUGUCCAGCAUUGCCAUCCAGACCGUGGCUGAGAUCUCUGUCCAAACGGACCAUUCUGGGACAAUCAAAAGGCCAUCAGUAAGGGCCCAGAUGGACACCAAGGUGGAAAUCUCCUCACCAGAGAAAACGUACAGGGGAGGUGCCAUCACCUGCCAGACAGACACAGGCUCUGGGAGGACAUCUCCCCAGAAAGACAAGAGGAGGCCGACUCCCUUAGAGAUAGGAUACACCACACAUCUGAAGGCAGACUCCACUCUCCAAGUAGCCCGAUCCCCUCCGAAGUCCCCCAAAGUGCUCUACUCGCCCAUAUCACCCAUAUCCCCAAGCAAAUCCUUAGAGUUUGUUCCAUAUGAGAAAUCUGUCAGCGACAUGAGCCCGCAGAAAAUACUAGCCACAGAAUCAUCCAAGGCUGCUCCCACAAGCCCACGGACACUGAAGGCCAUGCAGCGGUCCAUGUCCGAUCCGAAGCCACUGAGUCCUACAUCAGAGGAGAGGGCAGCGUCAAAUUUCCAGUAUUCAGAUGGGUACUCAGGCAAGGGUUCACAGAGUAGCACCCCUUCAGGCACUCAGAAGAAAGUGAAACGCACUCUGCCAAACCCACCCCCGGAGGAGGAGUCUGCAGGCGGCCAAUCAGGGUACAGCACCGGCUCUGCUCGCAGACGCCUCUGCAGGAACACUACCAUGGCCCGGGCCAAGAUCCUGCAGGACAUCGACAGGGAGCUGGACCUGGUGGAGCGGGAGUCCUCAAAGCUGAGGAAGAAGCAGGCCGAGCUGGACGAGGAGGAGAAGGAGAUCGACGCCAAGCUGCGGUACUUGGAGAUGGGCAUCAACAGGAGAAAAGACGCCCUGCUGAAAGAGAGGGAGAAGAGGGAGAGGGCCUACCUGCAGGGCGUGGCCGAGGAGCGGGACUACAUGUCCGACAGCGAGGUCAGCAACAUCAGGGAGACCAGGGGGAAUGGUCACGGGCUGGAAAGACCAAGGACGGCCCCACAGUCCGAGUUCAACCAGUUCAUCCCACCUCAGACCCAGCCCGACACUCAGUACGGCCAAUCAGCAAGCCCGUACACUCCAUACCAGUAUGUACCACAGACCCAAACCACCACUCAGUACCCCCAGCAGACUCUGUAUCAGCAGCCCUCCCUCUACCAUCAGCAGGUCUCUCCAUACCAGUCCCAGUCCAUAUACUCCUCAGUGCCUACGCUGUCCUACCCACAGACAUCUCACCAGCAAUCCCAGCAGCAGAGCUACCAGCUCCUGAUGCAGCAGAAGGCCAGGCAGACCACGCUCUCCGACUUGGAGCCAAAGAUCACCACCAACUACGAGGUAAUCCGCAACCAGCCCCACAUAAUGGGGCCCUCUUCCACAGACGCUGCAUACACCAUCCCCCACCUGGCGGGAAAAUACAGCAACCUGGACCUGAGGCUAGGCCUGGAGGAGAGGGGCAGCAUGGCCAGCAGCCCCAUGUCCAGCAUCUCCGCCGACUCCUUCUACGCCGACAUCGACCACCACACGCCAAGGAACUACGUCCUGAUUGACGACAUUGGCGAGCUGACCAAGGGAUCCGCGGGGCUGUCCUCCAGCUUCACCAUCCCUGACAAGGACCUGGUCAAGGCCGACCGACUCCUCCGUGCCGCCGAGGCCCGCCGCUCCGCCGAGGUCUCCGACUUCCUGGGGCCCCUGCAGGCGUCGUCCAGGCUCCAUUCCUACAACAAGCCGGAGGAGGACGCCAUGGAGGAGCCCUACGAGCUCAAGCUGCUGAAACAGCAGAUCAAGCAGGAGUUCCGGCGGGGCACGGAGGGCCUGGAUCACCUGACCAGCCUGCCGCACUACUACCCUGGAGAGAGCAGCUACCGGCACUUCCCCAAAGCUGAGAAGUACAGCAUCAGCAGGCUCACACUGGAGAAACAGGCUGCCAAGCAGCUCCCUGCCUCAGUACUCUACCAGAAACAGGCAAAGCAUAAAAAAGCUCUCAUGGACCCUAAAAUCACUAAGUUCUCACCCAUACAAGAAAGCAAGGAUUUGGAGCCAGAUUACAGUAGCUACCUGGGCUCCACUGCCUCUUCGGUCACCGGCCUCUCCUCCAGGGCGAGGCUACUACAAGAUGAAAUUACCUUUGGGCUGAGGAAGAACAUCUCCGACCAGCAGAAGUACCUGGGCUCCACACUUGGAGCUAAUCUUGCUCAGUCUCUGAAUCUGGGGCAGAGUCUCAAUCUGGGCCCGACCAUGCGGUCCUCUCUUCACGACGACACAUCGUACCCCAGCGGCAGCAGGUCCAGGCCCUCCUCCAGGCCUUCCUCCGUCUACGGGCUGGACCUCUCCAUCAAGAGGGACUCGUCCAGCUCCUCCCUCCGCUUAAAGACAGAGGGUGAGCCCUUGGACUCCUCGUUCAGUACUCCCUCGGUGAGAGCCAAACCCACCAGCCUGCCCAUAAGCCAAAGCAGGGGUCGCAUCCCAAUCGUGGCUCAGAACUCCGAGGAGGAGAGUCCCUUGAGUCCGGUAGGCCAGCCAAUGGGGAUGGCGCGGGCCUCCGCCGGGCCCCUCCCACCUAUAUCUGCAGACUCAAGGGACCAGUUCGGCUCCAGCCACUCUCUCCCUGAAGUACAGCAGCACAUGACGGAGGAGUCCAGGACCCGCGGCUACGACCGGGACAUAGCCUUCAUGAUGGAUGACCUGCAAGGUGCCAUGUCGGACAGCGAAGCAGGAGUCCCCGGCUGGGAGGCAGAAGCCUACCACCUGCGGCGGGAGGAGACGGACUGGUUCGACAAGCCUCGCGAGGGGCGGCUGGAAAAUGGGCACACAGCGGACCGCAGACAGGGGAAACCUGUUCAUUACCUCUUCCCUCAUACCAGAGUGAAAUUGCGGCGGGAUCCAAAAGAUCACAGUGUAUCAGGCAACGGGCUAGGUAUCAGAGUUGUUGGUGGUAAGGAUAUUCCAGGGAAUAACAACGACAUCGGAGCAUACAUCGCCAAAGUUUUACCUGGAGGUGCCGCGGAACAGACCGGAAAGAUCAUGGAAGGAAUGCAGGUCCUGGAAUGGAACGGAAUUCCUCUGACCGGCAAAACCUACGAGGAGGUGCAGAGCCUUGUGGGUCAGCAGUGCGGGGAGGCAGAACUGUGUGUCAGACUGGACCUGAACAUGCUGUCGGAUUCCGAGCACCCCCAGCACCUGGAGCUGCACGACCCAGCAAAGCCAGGAGACAGACAGAGGUCCCCAGGAGUGGACCCCAAACAGCUGGCGGCAGAGCUGCAGAAAGUGUCUCAACAGCAGGCUCCAUCUACGGUCCUUUCGGCCUCGGAGAAAGGCCCCCACGGCCACUCAGGCACCGCGUCGGCUGCUUCCAGCGCCAUCCCCAGCCCGGGUCAGCCUGGCUCCCCCUCUGUCAGCAAAAAGAGGCACAGCAGCAAGUCAGCAGAGGCUUCAAAGACUCAGUCCCAUCCAGUCACAGGUGAAAUCCAGCUUCAAAUCAAUUAUGACAAGAAUCUGGGUAACCUGAUCGUCCAUGUUCUGCAAGCGAGAAACCUCUCUCCCCGGGACAACAACGGCUACUCGGACCCAUUUGUCAAAGUGUAUCUCCUGCCGGGCAGAGGCCAAGUCAUGGUUGUCCAGAACGCAAGUGCUGAGAACAAAAGAAGAACCAAGCACGUGCAAAAGAGCGUGAACCCCGAAUGGAAUCAGACCGUGAUUUAUAAAAACAUCCACCUGGAGCAGCUGAAGAAAAAGACCCUGGAAGUGACCGUGUGGGACUACGACAGAUUCUCAUCCAACGACUUCCUCGGAGAAGUGCUCAUCAACCUGUCAAACACGGACCAGCUGGACAACACCCCGCGCUGGUUCCCCCUGAAGGAACAGAGUGAGACCGGGGACCAUGGGAGGCCCCACUCCGGCGGGGGCAGCCAGCAGUCCCCCAAGCCCUCCGUCAUCAAGAGCCGGAGCCACGGCAUCUUCCCAGACCCCUCCAAGGACAUGCAGGUGCCCACUAUUGAGAAAUCGCACAGUAGCCCCGGCAGUUCCAAGUCGUCCUCCGAGGGACACGCGCGCUCUCACGGACCGUCCCGCAGUCAGAGCAAAAGCAGCGUCACUCAGGCGCACCUCGAGGACGCGGGGGCCGCCAUAGCGGCGGCAGAAGCAGCCGUUCAGCAGCUCCGCCUUCAACCAAGUAAACGACACUACUCGAACCCUUUUGAGUUGCUGUGCAUGCAAGUAUCCCUGUUUUUUUGGUGUCUUCUGGACCACGGCGCACCUCAGUCGAGAACGCUAAGACACGAGACCUCCGGGAGGGGAAGCACCUUCUGUUUUGCAUGUGUUGACGCGUACAGUAAGCUGAUUCCAUGCGAGGAUACAUACUCUGGGUUUCCAUUUCACCCUUCACGUACGGCGACAGUUCAUAAAAGCGGUCGCGCCAAGAAGCAGCACCACAGACACAGCGUAGCCGGCGUCCUGACAAUUCACAGGACUCAGUCUGACUAUCUGCCGGUGCCAGCCAAUGAGAGCAGAGACACGGGUCAGCUGACCAUCAGGAAAGUGAUGUCUGAAGGAACGCCAAAGAGGUUCAACACCAACGGAGCAAGGUCUGGCCACAGGUCGGCCGACGCCUCGAUGACGGCGGCGUCCUCGGCCGGCAGCCUCGGAGGCAGUGGGCUGACCCUGGACGAGGAGGGCGGCACCAACGCGGUGGACAGCGCCAUCUUCCAGGUCCCUCGCAUCGGGAAGACAAUCGCGAACGGCACGGACAAGACGCGAGGCUCAGACCCUCUGAAGACAUCGGUGGCACUCGCCGACACAGAAGGGAAGACACAGAUGAUGGGGGAGAUUAAAAUUGCUCUGAAGAAGGAAAUGAAGACUGAAGGAGAGCAGCUCAUUGUGGAGAUUCUUCAGUGCAGGAACAUCACCUACAAGUUCAAAACUCCCGAUCACCUUCCAGACCUCUAUGUGAAGUUGUACGUGGUCAACGUGGCCACGCAGAAGCGGGUGAUCAAAAAGAAGACUCGGGUGUGUCGGCACGACCGGGAGCCGUCCUUCAACGAGACAUUCCGCUUCAGCAUGAAUCCCGCAGGACACUCCAUCCAGCUGUUCCUGGUGUCCAACGGGGGGAAGUUCGUGAAGAAGACGCUGAUCGGCGAGGCCUACAUCUGGCUCGACAAGGUGGACCUGCGGAAACGGUCGGUCAGCUGGCACAAGCUGCUGGCCAGCUCCACACAGACCCACUCAUAAGACGGACAGGUCUGGGGACUUUCGGCUGGGGCGGCGGAGGAGAGGGGGGGGAGUUCAAGGGUUCGAAGUGUCCGGCGUCGCCUUGUGGGGGAGGGGCGGAGUCCAUCAGAGAAGGCUGGGCGGGGGCUUGAGGAACUCGGCCACCGUCGCGUCUCUCCUAGUCGGAUCCGUGCAAGCGAGAAAAAAAACAUCCGGAAAAGCAGAGAAAGUCGGACUCGCUGCGAAACAGAUAAGCGCUCACAGGAAGCACGGACAGCAAGAGAGCCGGGCGGUCACCCCCCAACAGAGGGUACACAUGCAGAACAAACCAGGACGGGAUGUAAGGUGUCAUAUCUCCGCGGCUAGAAACUGUCCGAGUGUUACAAUGACCAACACCCCCUCCCAGCACCUACAGGCUUCACCAACACAUUCUCACUGAAGAGCAGAACAGAAUAAUGCAGGAAGAUGUCAUUCUGAUCCAUUUCUUUCGACAUUGUUUGCAGCAGUAAUUUCCUGCUGUUUGCACUGCAGUAUCUGAAAAAAAAAUGGCAACAGAGUUCAUUCUAAACCCCCUGCUUCUUUGUUCAUUUGAAUUGCAGGGUAAAGGUUUGAGUCACUCCACAGAGACACAGCUCAUUAUCAUUUAUUAUACAUGAUUUCUCUUUUCCAGAAUGCUGAAAUAUGAUAGGUGAAGAGCUAUGGUUCAGGAAUACAUAUAUUUUGUAUUAUAAUUUUCAGUCAGUAUAAAAUGUUGUAUACUAUCAGAUAUGCAUAUUGUUACUUUAUCUGCGAAUAUCGGAGAAAAUGCAGUACUUAAGCAGGUAUUUAUUUAAAGAAUUUACACUAUUUUCAACUAAACCCCUCUUGUCCACAUUGCAUAUGUAUAUUUAAAUGUACAUAUAUCAGAAAUAUCACAAAACCAUAAAUGUAAAAAGUAUAAAUGAUCUCAUGGGUAUAACUGAAUGAGGAACACUUCAAAUAAAGUUCAGUGUGCAUGGAUGUUGUGAAAGUAUCAAGUCCAGCUUCAUGCACAAACUGAAAUCUAUACCAUAACAGAUAAAAGUUAAGUACCCAAAAUUUACUUUGUACAUAGUGGAGAUUUUUGUUGCUUGAAAAAUAUAUAAGUUCCUGUCACAGACAAUCCAAUCUACACUUAUGCUGUAAGGUGUUUUGAAUGUGAAACAUUGAGCACAAAAUAUAGAUUUAUUUUCAAUUUGUGGCUAUAGAGAACACAAAAUAUUCUUGAGUUGUUGAUUGUGGCUUUGGACCUUGACUGAGAGAAUCAACACGUUCUUUAGAUACAUGUUGUUGUGCUUGUAUCCCUCAGAUGAUUGGUUUGCACUUUGUGAUGCCAUAGAAUGUAGAAAUGGGUGUACGUCCUGUUCAGAAAGGUUUUCAGAUGCGCUCCCUGAUUUUAAAUUCAUUUCAAAAGGUGCUAGUGUCGCGUGCUUUGUCUAUCAGACAUUAAUUCAGUCCACGGUGGUACGUAUUUGAGCAAAAGCUUCCUCUGGUGAAUAUACUGGAUAUAUACGGUGUAAAACGAACUGAUUUUCUUUCUCCAAAAAAAGGGGGGAGGGGGGAAUGAGGCAAGCAUGUCGAGAUUGUUUGUCUUUGUUUGAGCAAGUGGCUUUGUUACCUGUUUGUUAUUGUCUUUCACAUACUCUAUCAGAUAGUCAGAGACCUUACUGGCUUCCUAGGGAGAAACCUUGAUUUCCGUUGUCACGGAAACCCAAGGCAGUGACCCUGCCUACCUGCCAUUGGCAGACAGGGAGAGGGUAAUUAACUGUCAAUAACUGACACCCUCGGUUUCGCCAUUCCAUAGCCCGACACUCUGGGUUCAUGUAUAAAUAAAAAAGGAUACCCUUUAUUUUGUGUCAAACGCGCCAUAUUACUUGUUCGUCCCACAGCACCCACCAAAUGAGGCAACAUUCUGGGUUAAUGUUACGUGUGUUAAAUGUCGUCACUGGUAGACUGCCUCUUUUGUGUCUUCAUAAAGCUUGAAAAAAAAUAAUAAAUACAAUAAACACAGGCAUUUUUUUGUAAUGUCGUGAUGCUGAAAACCCGCUCUGGAUGUGUUAAGUUCUGGUUGUCGUCGUCACUCUCGGCACUAAGUGUGUUUUUUAACUGCCGCUGGUAUCACGCAUGUCUGCCCACCCACAGUAUCGCUCUACAGGCAAACAGAGCAGACUGUAGCCGGUCCGUUUCUUAGGGUCGUUCACACUAGAGGCUCAGCUGGAAUUGAACAUAAUUUCAGCCGUGGGCCGCGACACCCACCAUGGGGCUGCUGUAUGGCUUUGGCUCUAAAAUGGAUUUUAUUAUUAUUAAUUGUUUUGUCAUUCGAGCAAAUAUACCCAUUCACAAAAACACUAAACAAUGCAAUUCUGAUACAGGAGCCUAAUGACGUGACUUAGGGCCCAUCUUCCUUUCUGGUAAAUGACCGUCAUUUGGGUGUGUACAACCUGCCUUGUGUGAACUGUAAACUGACAGUGUAUAUACAUAUAUAUAUAUAUAUAUAUAUAUAUAUAUAUAUAUAUAUAUAUAUAUACAUAUGUAUGUAUAUAUGCAGGUGUCAGUUUUGUUCAUACACUCAAAACACACUUUUGCCAUGU